AAAAUAAGUUCCUAGCGGCAUCUGUGCUCUGUGUUGUGGAUUUCGCUCUCGAAGUUAGACGUGCCUUUUGAACGUGCUGCAGAGCUGCUGCGUUGCGGUUGGCUUUAAAUAAUAAUAGAAAAUUUCAGAUUUUUGUACGCAUAGAAACUUAAACUAAAGCAGGAUAAACGAUAUAAAAUAGAUCAACAAUGGAUCCUGAAGCAUUUCUUGAUAUGGCCAAUCAGGUCAUAAAACUGAAGAUGUUUCCAUAUUUCGACAUAGCAAACAGUUUGCUAGCCGCGUUAGGAGUACGCGAGGAUUUAGGACCAAAUGCGCAAUCUUUUUCCCGGAAACAUCCUUUGGCAUGUUGGUUGUCGACUAUGUUGGUUGUAUUCUCAAGUAGUAUGGCUGCUAAUGCUUUGCUAGGUGAACCUAUUUUGGCUCCAUUAAAAAAUACUCCACAGCUUUUGGUCGGUACUGUUGUUUGGUAUCUGGUUUUUUAUACUCCAUUCGAUAUUGGUUACAAAAUUGGAAAAUUCUUGCCUAUAAAACUUGUUGCUAGUGCCAUGAAGGAAAUUUACCGCGCUAAGAAAGUCUAUGAUGGUGUAUCUCAUGCGGCUAAACUUUAUCCGAACGCUUGGAUAAUUAUGAUAAUAAUUGGUACACUUAAAGGAAAUGGCGCAGGCUUUACCAAAUUGUUAGAGAGACUCAUACGUGGCGCGUGGACACCAACAGCUAUGGAAUUUAUGCAGCCUUCAUUCUAUACCAAAGCUUCGCUAGUUGCUUCAAUAAUUUUUGUCUUGGAUAAGAAGACCGAUUGGAUUUCAGCACCACAUGCUCUUGUCUAUUUUGGCAUUGUAAUCUUCUUGGUUUACUUUAAGUUGUCAUCUAUACUGCUGGGCAUACAUGAUCCUUUCUUGCCAUUCGAGAAUCUAUGUUGUGCCAUAUUUUUCGGUGGUAUAUGGGAUAGCCUUGCUAAAAUUUUGGGCCGUGGACAAGCGAAGGAGGGAGAUACAAAAGAUGUUAAAAAGAAUAACUAAACUAUAACAAUUGUUGUAGAUAUAUGCGAAAAUAACCGAAAGAUCGAAAACGAUAUUAAACGAUGUAAAGUAUGAAAAAACGAAACGCAACACAGAGACUUUGAUAAAUUAAUUUAAUUUUGGAAUAAUUUUGUUAAAUUUUUUAUUUAUUAAAUAAUAUUAUAAAUAUUAUAAACUUUCUAGUCAAGUUAAAAGUUUGAUAAGACAAAGUCCCUCUUGUUACUGGACAACUAGUGGGUGUGUUUGUCCAUUAAUAAUAGUGACUUUUACCAAUUUUAGGUUAUUAAUCCUUUUGAUUUAUUUAUUAUUUUAAUGUAAAACGUACUGAUAUAAAGAGUAACAUGUUAGUUAUUUUAAUACAAAUGAUGAACGAGUGGAUUUAAACAUUAUACAAUGUAAAAUUUUUACAAAAUAUGACCAUGCACUUUUUUCAUGUAUGAAGGUGUUAAAUUCCCCAUUUGCAUGUAAUAUUAUAUUAUGUAAUAUUAAAAUUUUAUAAAUAAAAUUGAAACCUUUGAGAUACCAUGA